AGCCCCAUGCAGUACAUUCCUGGACUGUCAUAUUCGGUUGUCUGAGCAAGUGAUAGUAGAGAGAAAAGUUUCCAAAAGGUUCUUGAGAGGAUAAGAAGCAAACUCUUCACCACUAAUCCUUACACAGACAAAGAUGCCAGGUGAGAGGCUGACAGUAAGAGGCACAUCUGAUAUGGGGCGCUUUCCUGGUGCAGCCCCACCCACCAAGGUGGAAUUGUCCAUUCACAAGGAAGGGGAAAAAAAACCAGAGGACAGUGCUUGUCGCCGCUGGUUUCGGAAAAUGUGUCCAUGCUGCUGUAAAUGCCAGAAUAUCACCACCUAUGAUGUCACGGAUAAAGUGGAACUGGUCAACCCUCCCACGCCGAUUCCAGGACUUGAUGGACCAAAGCCAGAAAAUGGAGACUCCAACGAAAUGGAAGUUAUGAAGUUGUCUGUGUGCUCUGUGGAUCUGCUGAGCUCCAGAACAGGAAAAAACAGACAGGAGCAUCACACCGACCUGUACAACUCAGAAAAGCUGAUCAUCCGCAGAGGACAGACGUUCCAAAUAGAACUAGAGUUCAACAGGCCCUUUCGUGCUGACACUCACAAGCUGCAUCUAGAACUGAGAACAGGUCCGCUACCACUGGUGUCCAAAGGGACCCACAUUAUCAUCCCAUUGGUUGAUACCUUGGAUAAUAAACAGUGGGGCGCUAAGAUUGAAGAGCAAAAUAACAACAAGUUUACGUUGUCUGUCAGCUCUACUGCCAAUGCUGUGAUUGGUCUUUAUGGUCUGACAGUCACAACCAGCACCCUGAAAAAUGAAAACCCAAAUAUUUACACCUCCAGCAAGGACAUCAUCAUGCUCUUCAACCCCUGGUGUGCAGAGGACACAGUAUUCCUGGAUGAUGAAGAGGAGAGGAAGGAGUAUGUGUUGAAUGACACUGGAAGAAUUUAUUAUGGAACUGAGAAGCAAAUUGGAGCUCGCACAUGGAACUUUGGUCAGUUUCAUGAGGGAAUCUUGGAAGCAUGUCUAUUUGUUCUAGAGAAGAGUGACAUGCCACCAUCUGGUCGAGGGGAUCCUGUUAAUGUUGUCAGGGUCAUAUCAGCCAUGAUAAAUGCACAAGACGAUUAUGGAGUUCUAAUAGGAAAUUGGUCUGGGAACUACUCUGAUGGAGUGUCUCCUGCCGCGUGGAGCAGCAGUGUGGAGAUUCUGAAAAAAUACCACUCUUCCAAUGGAAUGCCUGUGUCAUAUGGACAAUGUUGGGUCUUCUCUGGAGUCACAACAUCAGUACUUCGUUGUCUUGGCAUACCUGCUCGCAGCGUGACCAACUUCCAGUCUGCUCAUGACACUGAUGUGUCCCUCACAACAGAUGUAUAUUUUGAUGAGAAUAUGGACCCAAUCGACUACCUCAAUAGUGAUUCUAUCUGGAAUUUCCAUGUAUGGAAUGAUUGCUGGAUGGCCAGACUAGACUUGCCCCAUGGUCAUGGGGGCUGGCAAGCUGUUGACUCCACACCCCAGGAGACAAGUCAGGGUACCUUCCGCUGUGGCCCCGCCUCUGUCACCGCCAUCCGUUCUGGCCAGGUCUACCUCAAACAUGACACACCUUUUGUGUUUGCAGAGGUCAACAGUGACAGGAUCUUCUGGCAAAGGAAUCUCGAUGGUACAUUCAGCCAGAUCCGGAGUGAGAAGAAGGCUGUUGGCCACUGUAUCAGCACAAAAGCAGUUGGAUCUGAUGAGCGACAUGACAUCACUCAUUUGUAUAAACAUCAGGAAGGUUCAGAGGAGGAGCGUAUCGCCGUAGAGACCGCGAGUCGUUUUGGCAGCAAGCCAUUCGUCUACUCCUCACCCAUGGCAGAGGACGUCAGCAUUGAAGUCAAAAUGGAGGGAGAGGGGCCCAGGAUGGGGACCGACGCUCAUCUGAGCAUCGUGCUGAAGAAUCUGAGCUCUGAGCCUCGUAAAACUACGCUCCACAGUCACGUGGCUGUCAUGUACUACACUGGUGUUGUGAAGGGCACCAUCAAGAAGGAGCAGUUGCCAGUGGAGCUUUUGCCCAAUGAAGAAAAAAAGAUUGAGUGGAUUUUGCCUUAUCAACAAUACCAGAACCAACUGGUGGAUCAGGCAGCACUGAUGCUGACAUUGUCCGGAAGAGUCAAUGAAACCAAGCAAGUGUUAGCCAACCAGACCACCUUCAGGCUCCUUACACCUGAUCUCAUCGUCACGCCUUUGGGGAAAGCUGUGGUUGGUAAGGAAAUGGCAGCCAAGAUCACAUUCACGAACCCGCUGCCGGGAAUGCUGAUGGGCGUGGUCUUUAGAGUGGAAGGACUGGGCCUGCAGAAAGGCCACGAAGUGUUUGUAGGUGACGUCAGUGGUCACUCCACCGUGACAUUGACUGAACACUUCAUCCCGACUCAACCCGGGCCCAGGAAACUGGUGGCAUCUCUGGACUGCAAAGAACUGACACAAGUGCACGGAGUGGCUGAUAUUAUUGUUCUUGAACAGUGAGAAGCAGCCGGCAUCAUCACAUAUUGUCAUAUUCGUCACUGACGCCUAUAAAAUAUGAAGUCAGUAUGAAGCUUAAAAUAUGUAGUGCUCUGCAGCAACACGUUGAAAAACAUAGAAGAGAAAUAUAUUUUGCUUUAAAAACACCACACAGUGUUAAGUGUUGACAGCACGAGGAUUUUUGUUAUGAAAGUUCAUAAUUUUUCAAAUAAUUUUUGAAGCACUGAAAAAAAACUCACUGAACAAACAUUUUUAUUUCACACUUCUUUUAUACCGAAUCUGUGUAACUUAGUUUUAGUAUGUGAAAAGUGUUAUUGAACAAAGUGGAAUUCACAAUGGCUUUAAUGAAUGUAGCAUGGAAGGUUUGGAUGCAUUGUAAUUUCCCGUUUUUUUUAAAUUACAUUAAUUAUCUCAGUACAGGAAAGGCCUCAGUGGCAGUUUACUCUUGUGCUUUUUUUCUAAAAGACACCUUUGCAAUGCUACAAUAUAAUGUUCAAAAGGGAAAACCGCAGAAGUCUCAUUCCCGUGAAUAUUAGACUGUACUGUUCCAUCCAUCAUAUCUUUGCCAUUUUCACUAUUAUAGGCUAUUUAUGGUCAUGUGCACACAAACAAUGAAGUAAGCUCACUACUGUAUCACGGUGAUAAGUGGACUCAUCAGGUAGCCCUGUGAGAAUGGUAAACACUGACCUACAUUUAAUUUUUUUAUUAUUACAGUAUAUUUAACCUCACAGAAAUCACUAUGAAAUGUGAAGGAAACUGAUUCAGUACCAUUUUACUAUUUAUUUUUUUUGUAUCGCCUAAGAUGAUGAUAAAACUAUACCCAAACACGAA